CUUCUUCCUACUAUAUAUAUGUAGCUUCACAUUAGCUUUCCAAUAAGUAUUAACUUACAAAAAACAUCUAUCCUACACAAACAAUCAUUCAAAAUGUAUCAUUAUAAAACCAAAAUUGCCAUCUUACACGUGCUCUUCUUCAUGCUUGCUACAACAUGUCUAGCUCGCUAUAACAGCUUCGGCGAAAGCCGAGAUCGGAGAAUGGAGGGGACGGCGACGACAACAACACCGGGCACAGUUUCAUCACCCUUAGCAGAAGUUAACAACCAUGGCAAUGAGGAUACACCAACGGGCGCCACGGGCUCAGCCCACGGCCCAAAUUGGGAUUAUGGAUGGGGUUGGGGGGCCGGGCCUAGAAGCGGGUGGGGAUAUGGGUAUGGUUCAAGCCAUUCGCCUACCAGUUUCGGACGGGGUUACGGGUUUGGGUAUGGGUCCGGGUCUGGGUCGGGCUCUGGGUCAGGGUACGGGUAUGGGUCUGGAAGCAGUGGUGGUGUCGGCGGGUACGGGUAUGGAGCUGAGGGUGCUCAUGGAGGGAGUGGUGGAGGAGGUAGCUUUGUGACUCCCCCUAAUCAUGGUUAACUAUUCAUAAAUUGCUGGAUUUUAGCUGGUAUUAUAUGGAUAAUAGUAUAAUACUUGGUUUAAGUUUUAACUAAUUUAAGAGCAUGUUUUUACCUUUUAAUAGUACUAGUAUGCAUGUGCAGUAGUGUUGGGGGCGUGUGAGAUCAGUGGAUGUUUUAUACAGUUUAUGUGUAUGUACUAAGUGGAGAUCAUUUGUGGUAAAAUAGAAGUAGAAUAUGUAACGCCAUAUAUAUAUUGUAACUAGUUUUUGGCCUAGAAAAUGUCCUGUGCCAUUGUAAUAAUGAGAGAUUUUACAUUUGAGACUAGUUACAUGUAUCAUGAUUAGAUAAUAACUUAAAACUUAGGCCCUGUUUUCAUUA